UAAACUCGAUUUCUCUUUCCAAAAGAAAAAAGAAAAAGAAAAAGAAAAGAAAUAUCGCUUGUUUUGUUGCUUUCUGUAGCUUCUCUCUCAGCAUCUCUGUGUUGCUUUACGUUCCCAACAAAUUGGCAUCGGCCAUUGCUCCCUUCUUUAUAUUAUACUACCAACGACGACAAUGAGCUUCACCACUGCACCUCCAAUCCAUACCUUGUCGUAUUCCCCUUCCUCCUUCCAUUCCAAUCCCUUCAAACCCACAAUCCUAUCUCCCAUCCCUCUCCGCCGUUCCUUUUCUUCUUUCACCCACCGCCGCACCUCUCCUCUGCUUGCCGCCGCUGCUGCCACCACCGCCUCCGACCAGAUGGACGCCGAUCGCCUUCAGAAAGGAAUCGCCGAGUUCUACGAUGAGUCGUCCGGGCUUUGGGAAAGCGUUUGGGGCGAACAUAUGCACCAUGGAUUUUACGAUCCUGAUUCUUCCGUUUCCCUCGCCGAUCACCGCGCUGCGCAAAUCCGGAUGAUUGAGGAGACGCUCCGGUUCGCCAGCGUGGAGAAGGCGACGGCGGCGGUGGAUGUUGGGUGUGGGAUUGGGGGAAGUUCUAGGUAUUUGGCGAGGAAGUUUGGGGCGAAAUGUAGAGGUAUCACUUUGAGCCCUGUUCAAGCUAAACGGGCUCAAGCGAUUGCUGCGGCUGAAGGAUUAAGUGAUAAGGUGUGUUUUGAAGUGGCAGAUGCUCUGAACCAACCAUUCUCAGAUGGGGAAUUUGAUCUGGUAUGGUCCAUGGAGAGUGGGGAGCACAUGCCUGACAAAUCCAAGUUUGUGAGUGAACUAGUCAGAGUUGCUGCCCCUGGAGGUACCAUAAUUAUAGUUACAUGGUGUCAUAGAGACCUUGGACCUUCUGAGAAAUCCUUGCAGCCAUGGGAGGAGAAGCUCCUUCAGAAGAUUUGUGAUGGCUUCUAUCUCCCUGCUUGGUGUUCCACUGCUGAUUAUGUCAAAUUACUCCAAUCCCACAAUCUCCAGGAUAUAAAGACAGCAGAUUGGUCUGAGAAUGUAGCUCCGUUCUGGCCUGCAGUUAUUCGGUCUGCAUUGACUUGGAAGGGCUUCACAUCACUCUUACGAAGUGGAUGGAAAACAAUAAAAGGAGCACUGGUAAUGCCAUUGAUGAUUGAAGGAUUCAAUAAAGAUCUCAUCAAAUUUGCCAUUAUUACUUGCCGUAAGCCACAAUGAAGCUUCUUCUUCAUACACCUAUAUACCAAUCCCAAUAUUUAUAAACCUCACAACCAAAUUCUUCCCUCUUAUUAAUUGUUCUUCCUUUUAUUUUCUGUUAUAUUUCUCGGGGAAGAAAUUUCCAUCUUAUUAGUUAAUUUGUAAUUUUAUUUUAUUUAUACUUAGAAAAUAGGUUAACUUUUUAAUUCUGUUGGCUUAAUCGUUCAAGUUGUUUUUCAUAUUAUGCA